GGUAUAACCUACUGCCCUAGAGUUUAAUCACUCUUCUGGAGAGUGCCCUACAUGCUUCCCCUGUUCCACACGGUCUGCAGCCUCAUCCCUGCAUGACUUGGGGCACCACACUGCUGCCACAGGGUCACGAGAGACGAUCCACAAGUUCACAGUGCACACCAGGCUGUCCCAUUCUUGCAUUACUGUACUUGUAGGGACAGAUCAUCCAGCUCCAGCUCAAACUCUUCCUACUCAGUCCAAACCAAGUAACUCCUCCGCCAUGAUGGAUGAAUCCACAGAGCAGUCCCGCUGGGUGUCCCCAGGCCUGAUCAGCUCCGAGGCCAUGGCCAGCUUCUCCUCCGAGUCAGGCUUGCUACCUCAAGGAGAGGAGGGCGAGUCCCUGUACUCCAGCACUGAGGUGGACUUCAUGGGGAUGCCGUCCUACUUCUCCAGCCCUGGGCAAAGUCGCGCUGUCCCCACCUACAGGCACAGCCCCGUCCGCCAGGUGUACUCCUCAUCCCUCCUGAACAACAUGCAAUGGCUGGACGGCUCCGCCCCCCACACUCUCAGCUCCCCCUACACCCCUGCGUCUUCAUCCUGGCCCAGCAGUCCCUACGGCAAGACUCUGCACCCCCACGCCUCCUCAUUGUACCCACUCACCCCCAGCUCCUCAUUCACCUCCCCCAGGGAUGGGAUUCCCUCCCCAGGGCAUGAUAGCAAGGAGAACCUGCAGGAGGCUCUGAAGGGUGAGCGGUCGAGUCCCCUGGAGGGAGCAGCCAGCAGCUUUCUGACGCUGGGCUCAGCGGGGGGGGGCAUGUAUAGUCACUCUCCCCACUCCAAUUCCCACGUGCUGGGGCACUACAGCACGUACACGGCGACACCACAGGACUUCAGUACAGCUGGGCUCUUUCCCUCCACGGGGGGGCUGUUGGCCUCUCCUUACUCCCCCAAACUGCGGAACAAGAUGAGGCUGUCGCCACCUGAGAUGUGCCCAGCGGAGUGGCAUGUGACUGACCCCGUCACCCCCAUGUGUCUGAUGACAGAGGCCAGGGAAUGCGUCAACUGCGGAGCUACCACCACCCCUCUGUGGCGCCGGGAUGGAACGGGCCAUUACCUUUGCAAUGCCUGUGGGCUCUAUCACAAGAUGAAUGGCCAGAACCGACCUCUGAUCCGGCCCAAGAAGAGACUGAUCGUCAGCAAGCGGGCCGGAACGCAGUGUGCCAACUGCCACACCAGCACCACCACACUGUGGAGGCGUAACAGCAGCGGGGAGCCUGUGUGCAACGCCUGCGGCCUUUAUUUCAAGCUGCACAACGUGAACAGACCCCUCACCAUGAAGAAAGACGGCAUCCAGACACGGAACCGCAAGGUGUCCAAUCGGAACAAAAAGGGCAAGAAGAGCGGAGGGGUGGAGCUUUACUGUGACGUGGCCCGGGGGCCCCCAUCAGAGCCACACAUGGGCUCAUACUCUCUGGCUUCUGGGUCCCUGCUCUCCUACAGCCACCCCUCCCACCUGAUGCCUCCACCAUCCUCCCUGCACCCCUCUGCCACAGGGGCCUACUCUUACCACCCAGCAUCAGGAAUGGUGCCGACACUGGUGUGAGCUGCAGUGCCAUGGAAUAAGGCAAUUCAACACACACACACACACACACACACACGCACGCACAAACGCACGCACGCACGCACACAGACACAGACACACACACACUCACACUCACACACACACACACUGAAGGCAUGCCCAGAUGCAUGUUCAGUUACUUACAGAUGGACUGAUAUGCUUUGCUGUAAUUACGGGGUAUGGAUGCACAAAUUAAUAUCUACCAAAUGAAUUAUUCUGGACACUAUACAAUAUAUAAAUAUAAAUAUAAAUAUAAAUAUAAAUAUAAAUAUAUAUGAGUACUAUUUUUAAAAAUGGUGAAAACUUUUUCUAUGGUUUGUAUUUUGUGUAGAGGUGAGCAUUGUAGAUAAUAUUAUAAACAUG